GCUCUUACGCCGCGCACACCGCCUCCGGUUGCACCUCGUUCAGUUCGGUCUCACUCUGGAAUUCACCGGGCAAACGACAGCUUUUCGCGUGCUGAUUUACAGGUCCAACAGAAAUGGGCGUGCCGUCCAACCACAAGGAAGGGGGCGGUUUCUAUAGCGUCACUUCCGCUUACACCAACUCGGUGCAGGAGUCAAACUACGGAGGCAUGGAGCACGGUCACUCCACCAUGACCAUGACCUACGGACCAGACGGUCGCAGCAGCUUCGACAGUCUCGAGCCCUCGGCUAUGCUGGGCAACAACCGCUUCGUGGCAGGCAACAAGUUCUUCAACUACCAGCAGUUUGGCGCGCUGCGCGAGGGCGGCGGAGUCAGCCUCUUCUCAGCUUCGUAUUAUGGAUUGCUGUUCGCUACGGCUCAAAGCAGUAUUAUUUAUGCCGUUCUACGAUAUUGUAUGCGUCCGACAUUGAUGCACUCGCUUAUGUUGCAGCGAUCCGAGAGUUCCGUCGUCAUCGAGUGCCUACUGAGUAUCCCCACGACACUCAGCUUCUUCCUCGGUCUGUUGUCGGAUGUUGUACCGAUUGGAGGAUACCGUCGGAAGUCCUACAUGAUCACCGGUACACUUUUGAGCUUCCUCAUGUGCAUGGGACUGAUGAUCCUCUCCGCCACCGUGGACGUGGAUGACUCGACGGAAGACGAGCUUAGCAACUACAUCAUCUACUAUAUGGUGCUUAUCAUGGGCGCUACGUUCGGCACCAUGCUCAGCAAGAUCGCCACGGACGCGCGUGUCAUCGAACUGUCCCAACGUGAGCCGCUCACUACGCGCGGUACCCUGCAGAUCAACUAUCUGCUCUUCCGAACAGGCAUCGAGUGGAUUGGACUGUGGUUAACUGCCAUCCUCGUUCGCUUCGACGAGGAUGGCAAGCACAACUACGCGCUGCGUAUCGACCCGUUCUGGGUAUACGCCCUGUUGGCGCUACUCAGUCUCAUGCCCGUGCCGUUCGUGCUACGCAACUGCUCCGAACGGACGGUCAAUGCCGAAGCUGGACUGAUGAAUGAGAUUGUGGCGGAGGAAGGCAGCGUCGCCAUGAUCACGACGGCUCCGUCCACGGCCAGUGCUCGUAUUGGAGCUUUCUUCAGGAUGUGUCAGCAACGUGCCGUGUGGCAGCUUGUGCUGUUCCUGUGUAUCCUGUUGGCGACCACGCGAUUCUACUUCGGCUCGGCCAACGCCGUCUUCAUCGGAAUGGCGGGGCUUAAUCCGAACACGACGCUCAUAACCAAUGCACUCAAGUACGUGACCACCAUGGCGUCUAUGAUCAUGUGGAAGGUUUUCUGGUCCAACUCGUCUUGGCGACGAUGUGUAUGUCUGGGUAUCGCUGUCAUGGUCAUCCCCGAGACCUUCCGCGCUAUCGUGAUGAUCUACGUACCAUCGGUCCGUACCCAGGCGUUCUACGACACGAUCAACUGUAUUAUGGGCUUCACGGACGGGAUCAUCACUAUUUUCUCACUAAUUCCUGCUACCGAGAUCGCUGAGAAUGGAUCGGAGGGAGCUACGCAAGGUAUGCUGCUCUCGUUCCGAAGCACAAUUGCAAUCGCCAUGCGCACACUCAGCAGCGACUGGAUGGCUGAUGUUGCCCCGGUAAGUCUCGACGACGGAACAGGUCGACUACUAUUGCUGCUACUCAUCGCGUACGCUGUGCACGCGAUGUCUCUCCUUUCGGUGCUCCUCCUUCCGCGUCAGAAGCUCGACGCGCAACAACUGCGCGUAUACGGCGGCUACAGCAAGUUCGCGUGCAUCGCAAUCUGGAUCAUCUUUAUCGUCUUCUUCGUCUACGCCAUGGUCGUGAACCUCAAGGCUAUGGCAGAUAUGGCGAGUUAGUCAGAGAUCGUUAGGAUACAAAGUUGUAAUUUAUAUAUUGGGAACCAGGUAUGAACAAGGUGAACUGGUCGCGCUUCAUGGAUCUAGCGUUACGUCGAUAGUUGGUGAACAAAGAAAUAAAGAUGAGUUUUGGGAUAA